CUCACCAACCACCAACCACCUCAACCUCAUCCUCCGCGAAAAACAACCCCAAUUCCUAUCCGAUAACAACAACAGCAACAAUCUGCGAAAAUGGUCGAACUCCGUGAAGUAGAGGAUGAGCACUUCGUCCACUCCCAACCUGCCCAUUCCGACGACGAGGACUACACCGACACCGAUAGCGAGAUCUCAGAGGAGGACGAGGACGAUGACGUCGACCUCGAGGAGUCCUUUUACGAACGGAUCGCAGCGCUCAAGGACAUGAUACCAUUGAAGCAGAGGACCUACAUUUCCAAUGGCUUCUCAAGGACUUACAACUUCUUCAGCAAGGGAUUUGCGCUCGGUGGGAAGACGCUCUGGAUUCUUUCCACCAGUGCGCUGGUGCUUGGAGUGCCCUUUUCUGUGGCGAUUACGGAUGAGCAACAGGUUGCCGAGAUGGAGAAGGAGAUGAAGAUGACCCAGAUAGCUACUGAUGCACUCACCCCCGGCGCGGAAUCGGUACUCACCACCCCGCAAAAGUAAUCUCAGAAACUCUCCUGUACAGAAAACACUUGCAAUGUAUAUUAUUUUUGGGGGGGUUCUAUUUUUUUCGUGUCUCUCUUGGGGAUUAGAUGGAUGCUGGUCUGGUGGGGGGAAAGGUGGUGUGGUAUUCUCUCCUCUGUUACGUGCGGUUUUGGCUAUUCAAUGAUGGGUUAUGAGGUGAUGAUGUGUUGAAGCUAUCAAUGACCCCUUCCAGCGGUCCGGGCUGCUUGGUAUAGUAACACGCGAUUGCAGUUCAAUUCAGAGGUUGAUCGUUUGGGAGC